AUGGCGGAACCCUCAUGUGUCCUGGGAGAUCCAGAAGGUCCUGGAAAUGUAUUUGUACGGACGAUUGGUCUGGCAGGCGUUGCAACGUUCCUGUUCCGAAACAAGCAUGCAAUAAGAGGAAAUUUUGCAAGAACGGAGGGACUCUGGAGUGUUCUGGAAACUCCAGACGAUCCUGUAAAUGUAUCUGUACGGAGUGUUGGUCUGGCAGGCGUUGUGAUGUGGGCGGUGCUGGUGGAUCUGGUUAAGUUGAACUGGCUGGAUUCUAAUCUUCUAAAACAACGUGCUGGCAACAGGAUUGAGUACCAGGACUUCGUAUCGUAUAUAGAGAUCGAUCCUGAAAUGCAGAAGUAUCCCCAAAACAUUUUUAUGACGACAGAUACACCAACAAAUGUAAAAAUUACUACAUCGAAAACACCUGAAGACCAAAUCACGUGCUUCAACUCCUCGAUAACAAUACGGUAUCCAGACUUUGGAACCAAUGUCUCGUCAGAAUUGAAGGCUAUCCGUAUUCGCUCGACAGAAAACAUAACAGUUGCUGUAAGCGCUCAUCAUGAUAUCACUACCCUUAUCCCCACAGAAAAAUUGUCCACGUCAUAUAUAGUCUCACCGCCAUCUCCGGAUCGUAGAUUUCAAACAUUUGAUGCGAUGACAAUAACAGCGCUUCAGGACAAUACCAGUAUUGUAUUGUCUGAAUUGGGGCUUAGUGUGAUCACGAAUUACACUCUCGAUGCCUUGGAAACUCGUAUACAUCGCAAUGCAGAUGUGCUAGCUUAUAAUAUACAGUCCUCUAAGCCAGUGGCCGUUUUUUGUGGGAUGUACUGUAUGUCAGAUGUAAACUGCAGUAAUAUGAUAGAACAGAUACCACCAUCCAAUCAACUGGAUACCAUCUACAUUGUUCCACCUAAUAUUGAUAUGCUCAGAACCUCUGCAACAAUCAUCACUGAGAAGAACACAUUUAUAACGAUAAGGGGUAUCACUAUCCCUUUCGGUCCUGGUAGACGUACCCGUCUUUCUAUAACCGACAAUGUGUUAGUUCUGCGAAGUGUAGAUCCCAUUUUAGUGACAAGUCAAGCCUUUCAUAAGGAUGCCUCUGUCGGCAGCCCGUAUUUGACGGUUGUUCCUGGGGUGAACCAGUACCUACCUUGGUAUAAAGUCGUAGUACCAAGUGGAUGGAACACAAACUAUAUUGCUGUUAUGAUGAGGAAAAGUGCGGUUAGUGGUCUGCGAGCAAAUAAGCAAUCGAUUAAAGCCAACACAAUUCGAUUUGAGAAGAAUAUAGCUAUUGAAGACCUGGAAUACUCGGUCAUUAUUGCAGAAGUAGCAGAAGGCGAGCUGACCUUAGACACCAUAGACAACACUCCCUUUGGUUUAAUGGUGUAUGGAAAUCGACUGGGAGCUGGAUAUGGUUUUGCGGGCAAUGUUCUUCGUUAA